GUUUCCAUUCAGACAGCAAAGAAGUAACAGAUCGGCAUAUAGAAGAAAGCAAAAUUAUAUUGGAAUACAUUAUACUUGAAAUUGUAAACAACGUGCGUUCAACAAUAAGAGAAUUUUUUUAUUUUUUUUUGUUAAUAUAAACAAAAACUGUGACUGUGAAACCCUGUACAAAGUAAUUAAUAACUGAAGCCAAAAAUAAGAAGCAACAAAGACUAUACAAGUCAAACCGUACACAUUGAAGUGUCCAAAUAUUUAUAUCGAGCGGAUUUUUUUUAUUUAGUGCUCAAUUUAGCUUAAGUUAGUAAAAUUUUUUUUUGUUUGGUGUCAAAGUCUAAGCACCAAAAAAAAACUAGAAAAUAACAAAAUAAAAAUGAAGUUGUGCAUAUUGCUGGCUGUCGUGGCCUUUGUUGGCCUCUCACUUGGUGAGGAGAAGAAGGAGAAGGAUAAGGAACUGGGCACCGUUAUUGGCAUCGAUUUGGGCACCACAUACUCAUGCGUUGGCGUUUACAAGAAUGGACGCGUUGAGAUCAUCGCCAACGAUCAGGGCAAUCGUAUUACGCCCUCAUAUGUGGCCUUCACAGCCGAUGGCGAGCGUCUGAUUGGAGAUGCUGCCAAAAAUCAGCUGACCACAAACCCAGAGAAUACGGUCUUCGAUGCGAAGCGAUUGAUUGGACGUGAAUGGUCCGACACGAAUGUGCAGCACGAUAUCAAAUUCUUCCCCUUCAAGGUUGUCGAGAAGAACUCGAAGCCACAUAUCAAUGUCGAUACCUCGCAGGGUGGCAAGGUCUUUGCGCCCGAGGAGAUCUCCGCCAUGGUUCUUGGUAAAAUGAAGGAAACGGCCGAAGCGUAUCUUGGCAAGAAGGUCACUCAUGCUGUUGUCACCGUUCCCGCCUAUUUCAACGAUGCCCAGCGUCAGGCCACCAAGGAUGCUGGCGUCAUUGCUGGUCUCCAGGUGAUGCGCAUCAUAAAUGAACCGACUGCCGCUGCCAUUGCUUAUGGUCUGGACAAGAAGGAAGGCGAGAAGAAUGUGCUCGUUUUCGAUUUGGGCGGCGGCACCUUCGAUGUGUCCCUGCUGACCAUCGAUAAUGGUGUGUUUGAGGUCGUUGCCACCAAUGGUGAUACUCAUUUGGGUGGCGAAGAUUUCGAUCAGCGUGUCAUGGGUCAUUUCAUCAAGCUGUACAAGAAGAAGAAGGGCAAGGACAUUCGCAAGGAUAAUCGCGCUGUGCAGAAACUGCGUCGCGAGGUCGAGAAGGCAAAGCGCGCUUUGUCCGGUUCCCAUCAGGUGCGCAUCGAAAUCGAAUCCUUCUUCGAAGGCGAUGACUUCUCCGAGACGCUGACCCGUGCCAAAUUUGAGGAGCUCAAUCUGGAUCUGUUCCGUUCGACGCUGAAGCCGGUGCAGAAAGUGCUCGAGGAUGCUGAUAUGAACAAGAAGGACGUCCACGAGAUUGUGCUUGUUGGCGGCUCCACGCGUAUACCCAAGGUGCAACAGCUUGUGAAGGACUUCUUUGGCGGCAAGGAACCAUCCCGUGGCAUUAAUCCCGAUGAGGCUGUUGCCUACGGCGCUGCCGUCCAGGCUGGCGUUCUCUCUGGCGAACAGGACACCGAUGCGAUCGUUCUGCUCGAUGUGAAUCCCUUGACCAUGGGCAUUGAGACAGUCGGUGGCGUCAUGACCAAACUGAUACCACGCAACACAGUUAUUCCCACCAAGAAAUCGCAGGUGUUCUCCACGGCAUCCGAUAAUCAGCAUACGGUGACCAUUCAGGUCUAUGAGGGCGAACGUCCAAUGACCAAGGAUAAUCAUUUACUGGGCAAAUUCGAUUUGACUGGCAUUCCACCGGCACCGCGCGGCAUUCCCCAGAUCGAGGUCUCGUUCGAGAUCGAUGCUAACGGCAUUCUCCAGGUCAGCGCCGAAGAUAAGGGUACCGGCAACAAGGAGAAGAUUGUGAUCACCAACGACCAGAAUCGUCUGACGCCCGAGGAUAUCGAUCGCAUGAUUCACGAUGCCGAGAAGUUCGCCGAUGAGGACAAGAAGCUGAAGGAGCGCGUCGAGUCGCGCAACGAGCUGGAAUCGUAUGCCUACAGUCUAAAGAAUCAAAUCGGUGACAAGGAGAAGCUCGGCGCCAAACUGAGCGACGAUGAGAAGACUAAACUGGAGACGGCCAUCGAUGAGUCAAUCAAAUGGCUCGAACAGAAUCCCGAUGCCGAUCCCGAGGAGUACAAGAAACAGAAGAAGGAUCUGGAGGCCAUCGUUCAGCCCGUCAUUGCCAAACUGUACCAAAGCACUGGCGGUGCACCACCACCAGAGGGCGCCGACGCUGGUGACGAUCUCAAGGAUGAGCUGUAAGCCAGCAAGCGAGCGAGCGGAAUGAGAACGUUACACAAAUUGAGAAACGUACGAAGACGGUUGGAUUAUAUAAAUAGUUUUGGCAGUAGAAGUAAAUCAGACUGAUUAAACAAUUACAAAAACAAAAAACAAACCAACAAACAACAACAACUGCAACAGCAACAAAUAGAAAAAAGAACACACUCCUCCCACCCCCUCCCCCGUCACACAAGCAAUAUGCAAAAACCCCAAAGCAACAAAAUAGGUUUUUUUUUGGUUUUAAUUGAACAGCAACUCACAAUUUCUCACCUCGCCAAAUUUCUUAUAGCAACAUUUUUUUUUUUUCUAUUUUAUAAUUUAUAAAGUAUAUUCUUUCGGCCCCCAAAAAAACGCAUUUGGAGUAAAGAGUUGUAUAGAGAGAGCUGAUGAUUAUCAUAUGUGUUCCUCGCAUUCCUCUUCCCGUAAAUGGACGAAUGACAAAACAAAAAAGAAAAAACAAAAAGCAAAAAAAGAUAAACAAACUUAAAGCACUGUAUAUUUUUUGAUAACAACAGCUAAGCUCUCCAAAUUGAGGUAACACAAAUCAAUAGGUUAGCCUUCAAGUUAUAUAAACACCAUCUUAUUAAGAAUAUAAAAAAAACGGAAAAAUUAAACACAAAAAAAAUCAAAUACAAAAGAAUGUUAUAUGUAUAAGAGAGCGCGGGAGAAGAGCUAGAGAAAAAACAAGAGAGAAAGAGCGAGUGCUGCGGGGAAAUAAAUAAAAGAGAUAAUGUGCGUAGUAUAAAACACAAGCAACAAACACUAAAUAUAUAUACACACACACACACACACACACUCACAGACAGACAGACAGACAAAACUUAACAAAUAAUAAUAAUAAUAACGGAUUCUUCGAUUUUACGAAGAACCUUAUAAUUUAUUUAAAAAUAAAAUAAAGAAAAACAAAUUUGAA